AUGCGAUUUCAUGUUCUUGGAGUUGGUUCUAUUGGUACACUCGUCGCCCAUCACCUUCGUAGAGCACUCCCAACAAGCGACAAACUUUCUCUCAUUAUCCGCAAGGGACCUCAUGAACACGUGCCAGAAAACCCACCCCAAUCACUCAUUGUUGAGCACGAUGGUGUACGGUCUCAAGUACGUGGAGGCUUUCAAACCGAGUAUGCAGAGACGGCAAAGGAAGCUGCCUUCCAGCUCCUCAAGGCCGCUAGAAUGCAGCAAAGAUUCAAAAACACGGAUAAAGUCAAAGAGAUAUCCCGUCAGCAGAAGGAGCUCGAAGAGCGCGAGGCAGGAGAGCCCAUCGAAAGUCUCAUUGUCGCAACAAAGGCGACCAGGACGUUGCAGGCAAUUCGACAAUGCAGAGAAAGACUCUCACCGAGCUCUACCAUCGUUUUGCUGCAGAACGGAAUGGGGAUAUACGAAACGGUCAUUGACAACUUGUUCCCGUACGUUGAGGAGCGACCCAAUUUUAUCCUCGCUUCGACGACCCAUGGUGCAUGGAAGAACCGAGAUGAAAAGACGUCGCACUAUGUUAUCCACUCUGGCUUUGGAGAAUUGCAGUUUGCUAUCAUCCCCGACUCGCGCAAGAACGGACGAGACUUUGAAAAGACGUUUUGGCAAGUUGCCCCCGAGACUCCUGUUGGCCAACGAAAGCUGUCGCUGGGAGAUAUCGAGGAUGAGGCGGCGUCGAAGGAUAUACUGGAAGACCCCAAAUAUGUUUCUCUCCGAAAAACGGUGGCUGCCCUCCUCGCUAUGGAUCUCAACACCAAGUGGCAGCCGAUGGCCCAGCUUCAGAUCCGAUUACGGCAAAAGCUAGCUAUCAACUGUAGUGUCAACCCCCUGACGGCGCUCAUCGGCUGUAGGAAUGGCGAUUUGCUGGGGAGUGGGCACUCACGCGAUCUCAUCCGUUCCGUCUGUCGUGAGGCGUCAGACGUUUUUCGAUGUGUAUACGAGCAGAGCGACAUGGAUACAGGGGAGUGGCUUUUCGGCGGUGGGAAUGCGGCGGCUGGAGGAUACCAAGCCUUAUCCGCCGGUAUGCUGGAAAACGAGACAUGGAGGGUAAUCAAAAAUACCGCUGCCAACUACUCAUCCAUGGUGGUCGACAUGGAGAAGGGGUCAACCCUUGAGAUUGACUACAUGAAUGGCUAUCUCUCUCGAUUAGGACAGACAUAUCAGGUUCCUACCCCGACUGUCGAUGCCCUGCGGCACUCUGUUCUAAUUAAAGCUGCCUUACGCCGCAACAUACAUCUCAGUGGAAAUUUGGAAUUGCACGACAAUCUACGCGAAGACAAAGACAAAACCGGCAAGGAGACCCUAGACAGAGAGAAGGAGAAACCGAGCCCGAAACCGGUACAAACCAAAUCCUCGCGAACAGGUGAAACGACAGGAAGGGAGGAAGGACUCGAGCACAAUCACUAUCAACAGGGCAUGGGAAGCGAGGAACGAUUCGUUAAAGGCAUAGGUUCCAUAUCAAGCCCAAGAAGGGCCCGCUGCACCGUAGUGCGUCGUGUCUUUGUGCGAGCCAACUGUGCUAGACAUACCAUACGACCAUCCUUGAGGAGAGGGAAGCAUAUAACUCGCGCCAUCUUGGACGAGAGGGGAGACUUCGUGUUGCGUCUGGAGCAUCGAGUCCCAACCGUCGGA